UUUGCCGUGGGCAUUUGUGCUUCUUGUGUGAUAUCCAGAAGAUGGUACCCAAAGUUCUGAUGGCAGCAGCUUCUACUGCUUCCUUUCACUUGGCUUCUUCAUCUGGGUUGUCUCCCUCCUCCAAUCCCUGCUUUCCCCAGUGCAUGCUGCCCUCACUUUCCUCCUCACAGUAUGGUUUUGGAGGUGCUUACUUUUUAAGACACCAAAAAAACCAGAGCCAUGCAAGGACAGUGCCACAAAUUAACGCUGUUGCUAUCCCAGCCUCUGUGGAGGAACCGCAAGUGUGUUAUCUUCCUACCUGGGCUGAUUUUGAGCUUGGAAGGACCCAUGUUUUCUGGAAAACUUCAAAUGGUCUUCCUCCUACUUCUGGAGAGGAAUUAAAACUCUUCUAUAAUCCAUUGGCAAGUAAACUUGUGCCGAAUGACGAGUUUGGUGUCGCAUUUAAUGGGGGAUUUAAUCAGCCAAUCAUGUGUGGCGGUGAGCCGAGAGUAAUGACUAGAAAAAGCCGAGGGAAAGCUGAUCCUCCCAUAUAUACCAUAAAACUACGUGUUCCUAUCCAUGCCGUAAACUUGAUCUUCUCAUUCACUAAUGGAGUCGACUGGGAUGGACCAUACAAAUUGCAAUUUGAAGUCCCAAAGAGGUGGAGAAACAAACCAAUAAGCUUUUUCAAUAAGGGUCUUGCUGAAGAAUUGAAGGUAGAUGGUGCCUGCGAUAGAGCAAUCUUUCCAGACUCAAACAUAGUCAUUACAAGUUGCUCGAUCGGCACACUAUAUGCUGAGGGGGGUGAUCGCUGCAAGCUGGAUCUUGUUGCAGGUUGUAUGGAUCCCGAUUCACCAUUGUACGAUCCUCUGGCAAAUGUUGACGACGGGUCUUGCCCUCUGGAUUCUGAUUCUGAAGAAUGAGAACCUUCAGGUCUUUUUGUUCUAUGCCUUGUUUGUCAUGAUGAUGAUGGAUGAUUUGUUUGGUGAUUUAUAUGCAAGUCUAAUGCUUGCCAAAGCUGAUAAAAAUGUUAUGUGUUGUAGAUAUUAUUUUUGUGCAAAACUGUAAAACUGAAUUGCAGCAUGUAUGUAUUUGUCCAUGAUUAGCACAGAUUGAAUCUUUAUAUCCA